UCCCCUAGAGGGCAGUAGUGGUUAUACGCUUCUGCUCUCACUACUUCUCAUAAAAAGAGACUUCCGUUCCUCUGAACCGUCACAGUUAUCUGCAGCGAGAGUCAACAUGGCAGGCCGUCGUGCAGCCCUGAAGGCCGUUGACUGGUUGGCGUUUGCUGAGCGGGUUCCGUCCAACCAGCGRGUCAUGUUCAACGCUCUGAAGACUCGCACCGAUGCCAUCUCUGCUAAACUAGCCUCACUGCCUGAGACUCCUCCUGCCAUCGACUGGAGCUACUACAGGAGCGCUGUGGCUAAAGCAGGCCUGGUCGAUGAGUUUGAGAAGAAGUUCAAAGCACUACAGAUCCCUGAGCCCGUCGACACGCAGACGAGCAAAAUCAACGCACAGGAGGUUGAAGCCAACAAGAGUGCACUGGCUUUCGUUGAAAACUCAAAGACGCGUAUCACGGAGUAUGAGAAGGAGCUGGAGAAAUUUAAGAACAUGAUUCCCUUCGAUCAAAUGACCAUCGAAGACCUGAACGAGGCCUUCCCUGAGACCAAGUUAGACAAGGUCAAAUAUCCUUACUGGCCUCACAAGCCCAUUGCAAAUCUGUAAUCCCAUUACCCGGCACUCAUGUCCCAAUAAAGUUUAUGUAUUUUAAGGAGAAUCA